AUGGAAGAGCAUCAUGCAGCCAAGCCGAUAUUGCAGAGGGGGUCAUGCUGGAGAGUAGGAAACGGAGCUGCUAUUCGGAUUCUUAAGGAUGCUUGGAUCCCCAAUCACCCCUCAAAUAAAGUGCUACACCCAUCACAAAACAUUGAUGAAGAGAUGAUGGUUUCGGAGUUAAUAGACCUGGAUUCAAGGUGGUGGGACAGAGGAUUUAUUUUGCAGAAUUUCAACCGAGAAGAUGCCGAAGCUAUCCUGCGAGUUCCCCUUAGUCGAAGAUGUAUCUCAAACUCUUUGUUCUGGAUUCCCAAUAAAUCGGGCGAGUAUACAGUGAGGUCAGGGUAUCAUGUGGCACGGCAGCUGGCAAAGGAAUUGGACUGGGCAGAAUGCUCAAAGGGGGUUGUGGGAGGUAACGUGUGGAAAACCUUGUGGAAGCUAAAGGAUAACCGCUGCGAAGCUUGCAAGACCGAACCUGAAACUGGAAUUCAUGCACUGUGGAAUUGUAGAGUGGCACAGGAUGUGUGGGUAGGAUGCUCGGCACGCCAGCAAAAGUGCCCUGUGGGACAAGUUGACAUGCUUCAGUUACUGGAUGAGUUGAUCAAUAGUGAUGAGCUAGAACAGUUUUUAGUUCAAGUUUGGCUUAUUUGGCACCAAAGGAAUGUCAUGAUUCAAGGGAAACAGUUUCAGGCACCCGGGGUUUUAAACAAAAGAGAAAAUGAUUUUACAGAGGAGUUAAGGCGAGCUAACACUCAGCUCUCCAUAAGCUUAACUGUAUCGAAUCCGACGAGCUGGAGGCCACCACCAUUAUCUUGUUUCAAACUCAACUUCAACGCCUCAAUAUUUAAGGAACACGGAGCCACUGGGAUUGGUGCCAUUAUACGCAAUGACAGAGGGAAAGUCAUGGCUUACUUAUAG